GAAGAUAAAACAAUGUCAGCCAACCUAAAAUACCUCUCUUUAGGAAUUUUGGUCUUUCAGACUACCAGUUUGGUUCUAACGAUGCGUUAUUCUAGGACAUUAAAAGAAGAGGGGCCUCGUUAUCUAUCAUCUACAGCUGUGGUUGUUGCUGAACUUUUGAAGAUAAUGGCCUGCAUUUUAUUAGUCUACAAAGAUAGCAAAUGUAGUCUAAGAGCACUGAAUCGAAUACUACAUGAUGAAAUUCUAAAUAAACCUAUGGAAACGCUUAAACUUGCUAUUCCAUCAGGGAUAUAUACUCUUCAGAAUAAUUUACUCUAUGUGGCACUGUCAAAUCUUGAUGCAGCUACUUAUCAGGUCACAUAUCAGUUGAAAAUUCUUACAACUGCACUAUUUUCUGUGUCAAUGCUUAGUAAAAAAUUAGGUGUGUACCAGUGGCUCUCCCUAGUAAUUUUGAUGACAGGAGUUGCUUUUGUACAGUGGCCCUCAGAUUCUCAAGAGCUUAAUUCUAAGGAACUGUCAGCUGGCUCACAAUUCGUAGGCCUCAUGGCAGUUCUCACAGCAUGCUUUUCAAGUGGCUUUGCUGGGGUUUACUUUGAGAAAAUCUUAAAAGAAACCAAACAGUCAGUGUGGAUAAGAAACAUUCAACUUGGUUUCUUUGGGAGUAUAUUUGGAUUAAUGGGUGUAUAUGUUUAUGAUGGAGAACUGGUGUCAAAGAAUGGGUUUUUUCAGGGAUAUAACCGACUGACCUGGAUAGUUGUUGUUCUUCAGGCACUGGGAGGCCUUGUAAUAGCUGCUGUUAUUAAGUAUGCGGAUAACAUUUUGAAAGGAUUUGCAACCUCUUUGUCCAUAAUAUUAUCAACACUAAUAUCUUAUUUUUGGCUACAAGAUUUUGUACCAACCAGUGUCUUUUUCCUUGGAGCCAUCCUUGUAAUAACAGCUACUUUCCUAUAUGGUUAUGAUCCCAAACCUGCAGGAAAUCCCACUAAAGCAUAG